AUUUCAGGCUUUUCAGCACUUCAAAUUAAGAUUUGGUGAUUUGUCCUAAAACUUCCACGCUGAACGAGCCAGUUACCGAGUAGGUCGUCGACCUACUUAAAAACUGAAAGAAAGUACAGUUUCAGGAUUCCAUCCGAGGAGAAGAAGAAAGAGCAGCAUAAGAUGGGCUUGGCCUCUCUAUCUUCUUUCUCCUUAGUUUCUUCGUCUCCUGCUACUCAAUCAAAACUUCAUCUUCCGCAACAUCCGUUGCCAAACAAGCCUCUUCCUUCCUUGAAUCGUCACUUCCGGAGAUUGACAUUGAGAUGCAGAUGUAGUACGGCUCCCGGCGGCACUGGUCCUGGUGAGGCUGAGAGUAAAACAAUUCUUGAUGCUUUCUUCUUGGGGAGAGCUAUAGGGGAAGUUCUUAGCGAGCGGUUAGAGUCUACAUUGGGGGAGGUUAUAAGUACAAUCGGGAGAUUGCAAGCUGAGCAACAAAAGCAAGUGCAGGAUUUCGAGGAGGAGGUUUUGGAUAGGGCUAAAAAGGCCAAGGAAAAAGCAGCACGUGAAACAUGGGAAGCACAAGGUCUUGUUCCAAAGCCAGCCACACCAAAUAGUGAUGUUAAUGCUGCUGGACACCCAAGUCCACUUAAUUCAGUAGUGUCAGCAUAUCCCAACUCAAAUGCCCAGGACUUCAAUGGGGAAUCUGAUUCUCCCGACGAAGAUACUCCGUUUGGCUUAUCCAAUGAGGGCUAACAAUCGUUUCUCUUCUUUACUACGUCUUCAAAGAUUAAACAUGGUGCUCAUCUAUAGUUCAUAUUUGUGGCCUCUGUUGGAAAAACAGCAUUAGAAUUUGCGACCUCAUUUUAUUUUUCAAAACUUUCAAACGUCUCUUUAGAUCCUUAUUUUUGGGUUAAUUUCAUGAGACCAUUACAGAAAAAAUUGUUUUCCAUACAGUGCCUGUAGUACUGAAGUGGCCUCGGCUGCCUGGCUGGCACACCCUAGACAACACUCGUAAAGUACCUAUUUUAAAAGAAUAAUAUUUCAUUUGUUUUAUUUGCCA